GCAUUUCCAUCAAUUCUACAAUUUUGUCGAACAUCGGAAGCUUUAUCGGCAACCUUUCGAAUUUCCUGGCACCUGCUGUGGGAAACCUUUCAAGAUGGCUGCUGUGCCACCGCGCCUCCGCACACGGCUGGGCUGUAACUACCUUCCACUCCAGUUGCGGCCAUAAAAGUCACACCGUGACCAUCAUCAAAAAUGACCAGUACGUGUUGGGAGGAUACACUGAUAUUCCUUGGGAACCUUUUGAGGCUAAUGGCACCACUCCCGAUGCGUUCAUAUUUUCUCUAAGGAACAAAGAAGAACUGCAUCCAUUUAAGAGCAUGGUGUUAAAGUCAGAAUAUGCUAUUUUCAAGAGAUCAACAUAUGGUCCAACAUUUGGAAAUGGCUGGGACAUUCACAUUUCGAAUAAUUCUAACAGCAACAAUGAAUCAUACACCAAGUUUGCCGUUGAUGGCUACUACGAGAGACCAGAAAAA